UAGGUUAGGUUAGGAGCGUCAUAUUAUAAUUAACCGCGAGACGAGUAAAAGUGAAAGGUGAAAGUACAAAUUAAUUGUCAAAUAUUAAUAGACAGACUUGGCUAUCUGUCGGGCCUUGGCUAAGACCCGGCCUUUGACUUAUCUGUCUAUUAAUCUGUGAUAACAAGAAGAAAAAGAAGAACGGACAGAAAUUCUUAAACCUAUGUGUAUGUGUCAGAAUUGUGACACUUAUUAUAAUACAGUACAUAUAAGGCGAUACAGCACAGCUUCUUAAUCUGCACAAGUACAGUGUUUUAUUAACAAACGCAAUAUGGCCCAAGCAUAUGAUAAUUACUACAACGAUUAUCAUAAAAAUGCCGAGCUGCAGCAAAAUCUGAAGUACAAAAAGAAAUACCGAAAACUUAAGAGGAUCGUAAAGAAUACCGUAUUCGAAAACGCAGCAUUAUGUGAUCAGGUUGCGCACAUGCAAGAGAAUUUGAUGUUGGUUAAAGAGGAGAGGCUGUUUCUUCUGCGCAAGUUAUGUCAACAACAGGGGGAGAUGGAAUCUAAUUCGACAAGUCUAGCACGUUCGCAAACGAGUAAUGCGAAUUCGCCAUCACUUAAUCCAGAAUGUACUACUCCAAAGAAAACAGUAAAAAAGAGAACCUCCACAGAUGGAUCAGAAUCAAAAAACAAGACAAAAAGGUAUAACAAAACGGCCAGAAGAGUGGUGCAAUUGAUUCCAUUGGAUGUACACGGAAGACCAAUAUUUCCCAUAGCCUUGGGGGAUCUUACAAUAUAUUCUCUUGGUGAAGUGGUAUCAGACAGAAUCGCGUAUCACACGGAAGAGCUUAUAUUUCCAGUGGGUUAUUGCAGCACGCGAGUGUACGCAAAUUUAAGAGAUCCAAGAACAAAGAGCCUAUAUACUUGCAAGAUAUUAGACGGUGGUCCAAAACCAAGAUUUGAAAUAGUAUCCGAUAAUGACUUGGAUCAACCGUUAGUUGGAUCUAGCCCUGAUGAAUGCCACUCAAAGUUACUGGCAGCAAUUUCUCCAGUUCUUUGUACAAUAGUGCCGAAGGGUGCAGAUUUCUUUGGGAUUUCUCAUCCUACUAUACAGAAUCUAAUACAAAGUUCUCCAGGAACACGUAAAUUGGCUAUGUACAAACAACAACGUUUUGAAGUAAGCAAAAAUCAUGUAAUUGAUCGAGCUACAAGUCCGGUGACAGAAACGGAAACGGAUCCAGGCCUAGGUUUUGCGGCAUUACACAGGCAUUAUGCAUUGAUGUCUUAUACAGUGAAAGAAGAGCCUACGGAUCAAGAUCUAUUAGCGCUUCAAGAUCUCCUUGCGUAAUUGCAUUAUUUCUAUAUUUCUAUAUUGUUAAGGGUCGACAGGAAGACACGGUGGAGAUCUCGCGGCAAGCCGUGAACUAUGAAUCGUAAAAUUCGUAUUACGGCCAAAAUAAUGAGAAAAUCGCACUUUAACUGCGAUAUUCAUAAUCAGCAGCAUCGCCUUCAAACUGCUACAGAGCAAUUUUUUGGAAAAAUGGUCAAAAUAAAUUUUCGAGUUUUUAUUUUGACCAUUUUUUCAAAAAAUCGCUCUGUAGCAGUUUGAAGGCGAGACUGCUGAUUACAAAUAUCGCAGUUAAAGUGCGAUUUUCUCAUUAUUUUGGCUGUAAUACGAAUUUAACGAUUCGUAGUUCACGGCUCUCCUGUCUCGACCUCCAAUUAAGAAAGAAAAAAAGAACCAUUAGAAAAUGAAAAGUUUAGAGAUUUUACAGUAGCGUGUUUAGAUUAUAUAGGAACUCUAGUUUAGAUAAGGAUAGUUUUAAAAGAUAUUUGACCCUUUAUUCUACAAAUAAUUAUAAUAAAUUUUAUAUUGCCAUCAAUAAAACCAUCACAUGUUGCAAAACAAAA